AUGAGACUGUACUGCCUCAGCAAUGACUUGGCCAAACCAUGUUACGUUAUCACUUUUAAGGGACUGCGGAUAAUGCUGGAUUGCGGUCUGACAGAACAGACGGUUCUUAACUUCCUCCCUUUGCCAUUUGUCCAAAGUAUGAAACUCUCAAAUUUACCAAACUUUAUUCCAAGCCGAGAACACGAUCCCCAAAUGGACGGCGAACUGAAGGAGUGCUGUGGGCGAGUCUUUGUAGACUCUUCCCCAGAAUUUACUCUGCCCAUGGACAAGAUGAUGGAUUUCAGUGAAAUCGAUGUUAUACUAAUAUCCAACUAUUUGAAUAUGUUGGCGUUGCCGUACAUUACGGAAAACACGGGAUUCAAAGGCAAAGUAUAUGCCACCGAACCCACAUUGCAAAUCGGCAGGUUCUUCUUAGAGGAACUGGUCGAGUAUAUAGAGGUUGCACCGAAAGCCAGCACCGCCCAAUUAUGGAAGGAUAUGUUACACAUAUUACCUUCACCACUAAGUGAGGCUUUUCGCCCGAAGAAAUGGAGGACUAUUUUCAGCCUGAAAGACGUACACAAUAGUCUUUCAAGAGUGACAAUUAUGGGGUACGACGAGAAAUUAGAUAUAUUAGGAGCUUUUAUUGCAACGCCUGUAAGUUCGGGAUACUGUCUGGGUUCCAGCAACUGGGUACUUAGUACGGCUCAUGAAAAAAUUUGCUAUGUUAGCGGUUCUUCUACACUGACAACGCAUCCGCGACCUAUAAAUCAGUCAGCACUUAAACAUGCUGACGUUCUUAUUAUGACGGGUCUUACCCAAGCACCCACUGUUAACCCAGAUACAAAAUUGGGAGAGCUUUGUAUGAACGUUGCAUUAACCAUACGCAACAAUGGAUCUGCGCUAAUACCCUGCUAUCCGUCAGGGGUUGUGUACGAUUUAUUUGAGUGUUUAACGCAAAAUCUGGAAAACGCUGGACUGAACAAUGUUCCGAUGUUCUUCAUUUCGCCCGUGGCCGACAGUUCCCUCGCCUAUUCCAAUAUUUUAGCCGAAUGGUUGAGUUCAGCCAAACAGAACAAAGUUUAUCUGCCAGAUGAUCCAUUCCCGCAUGCCUUCUACUUGCGCAAUUCAAAAUUGAAGCAUUACAAACAUGUAUUUUCCGAUGGCUUCAGCAAAGAUUUUCGUCAGCCUUGUGUAGUAUUCUGCGGGCAUCCAAGUCUGCGAUUCGGCGAUGCUGUACAUUUCAUAGAAAUGUGGGGUAAUAAUCCUAAUAACUCAAUUAUAUUUACUGAACCAGAUUUUCCCUAUUUACAAGUAUUAGCUCCCUUCCAACCAUUGGCUAUGAAAGCCUUUUACUGUCCCAUUGAUACAUCUCUGAAUUACCAGCAAGCCAACAAAUUGAUCAAAGAGCUAAAACCGAGUGUAUUAGUAAUUCCAGAAGCCUACACAAAACCACACCCGAGUGCGCCAAAUCUUUUCAUCGAACAACCCGAUAAGAAAAUUAUAACUUUUAAAUGUGGUGACAUAAUACGGCUACCACUGAAGAGGAAACUAGAUCGAGUAUACCUCACAUCUGAAAUGGCUCAGAAGAUUGUUCCCCGAGAUGUUGGCAAUGGUGUUACAAUUUCCACUAUAACUGGAAUACUGCAAGUCAAGGAUAAAGUACAUAACAUAAAGCCAUGUGCAGAUACUGUUAGUGACAUGCCCAGUGGAAGUAAAAAACAACCUCCUCCCUCCAGAGAAGAUGUAUUGAAAAAUGUUAAGUAUGAGUAUGGAAGCCCUGACGUGGACUCGCUUGUAAAGCGCCUCAGUCAAGAUGGUAUAACUAACAUUAAAAUGGAACGUCAGGGCAAUGUGCUGACCCUGCACUUAGUAAAUGAAGAUACCAUUAUAAAAUUCGAAGACAAUGAAACCCAUAUCGUUUGUGGUGGCAAACAAUCACUACGCUUAAAACUAAGAGAUUCCCUACUGAAAUGUCUUCAGUCCUUCUAG